ACGGGUUAGCUGGCUGUGGGGACGCUGGGGAACGCCAUUACCCUGCUCAGGCUUUAUUUUCCGCAGCUUAGGCGGUGGCUGCUUCGUGCACAAUGAGCGGGGCCAUGGCUCAGUCCUUCCUAUCCUAUGUGGUGUCCUGCGUGUCCAUCCCGGUUCCACAGGAUCCAGGGGGAUCUGUGUGUAUACAUGUCUGUUUCAAGUGAUGGAGUAGUAAUUGUGCAGGAAUAAUCCCAAAGACACCGGGGGGAAAGGGCGUGGUGUGGAAGGGGAGGAGGAAUCUCUAUUAUAAAUUGUCUUUUAACUUGUGCCUUUAUUACUUCAGGCUAAACACAUUCCAGCCCACAGAGCACAGUUCUCAGGCCACACUGAAGUUGUGCUGGAAUCCAAUUACUCCUCUCGGAUGUUGAUCUGUUUGUCCUCCCGAAGUAAUUUCUGUGAACUCCUACAGGGAAUCUCCUGUGCUGUGAGCUUUGAUUUCUCAUCAGCUCAGUAAGUCCAUGUCCUCUCCUUUACCAGGUAGGUAAGUCUUAUUUCUAAAGAUUCAAGUGUUGUUUCAUAUUGGUCGUCUACAGAGAAGACUAAGGACAUUUUGCAGAAGAAAAAAUGAAAGACAUUAAAACAGAUGCAUAUGUACAAAAUACCAUAUUUUGGCCUUAGUAAUUCUCCUUCUAAAUUCUGCAAAGUAGUGCUUCAUGAUACAAGACUUCACUUAAAAAAAAAAAAAAAAAAAGAAAGAAAAAAAGAAAGAAAGAAAGAUGUGGGUAACACACAACAAAACCUGCACUUAAGAGCACGGUCAGCCUCCAAACCAAAACUGUAGUGGUAAAAGCUUUGCCAGUGGGAAUCAGAAUUGAACAUCUGUGUACAUACAUGGAAAUAAGUGCAAGAGCAGCAUCUUAAGUGGGUGCUACAAGAGAUCACAGCAGGAUAGGAAAGUCAGAUUUUAAGAAAAGAGAUGCUGCCCAGUAUCACACCUCUAACAGCUAUGACAGACUUCUCAAAUAAGGGAGAUAAAAUUUUAAGUCUUACUUUUGAUAGACUGAUUAUAAAAUCUACAGAGGAGGUUACAUUAACUGGAAACUUUCAUUUCAUGGGUUAGGGAAUUUGGAGAGUAAAAUAAUUCACCGAGGAAAACGCUAGAGCAUUCCUCAGAAAUUUACUCUAGAAAUGGGGUACACUUCAGUCACUGGAAAGAGCUUUGAACUGAAUUUUAAAAAUCCUUCAAGAAUUGUGUAGUUUGAAAAAGAGACUAUUUUAAUUUUAUACGGCUUUGUUAAUAUGUACCUUUAUUAUUACUAUUAAAGCAUGGCCAGUGCUACCAUAAUUUCUUCACAGUUUAUUCCCACAGCUGAAUAAAGAGCGCAGAUAUCUUGGAAGAUGGAUCCAGAAGUACAGAAAAUGAGGGAAGUCAUCCUUGUCUACCUUGACAGAAGUGGUGGUCUUCAGAAAUUUGUGCAUGAUUGCAAAAAAUAUAAUGACUCAAAACAAAGUUAUGCUGUUUAUCGUUUCAUUAUUUCAAUUAAUCCUUCUGACAUUGCUGAAUUGGAUGCAACUCUUGGAAAUUAUAUUCUUCAUAAUCCCCUGCAAGCUGCACAGAUUUUUCAGUCAGUAUGCUUUGUAGCUAUUAAGACAUUAUCAUUAAUUGAACAAUUGCAGACAGAAGCCCAGAUAAGUAUAUUGCUGAAACCAACACAUUUGCCACCUUUACCAAGUUAUGUCCUGAGUCUUUCUGCAUAUCCCUUUAAUUACACGUCUCCAAGAUUUUAUAUGUCUGAAGGGAUAGUGAUUGCAAUGGGAACUGCAACAAAAUACACACAAGGAGCAAGAUUUCUUUGUACUGAGGAAACCUGUCCAUUCUCUGAAGGGUUUAGGUGCAUCAGAGUGCAUUGUCCUGGAGCUACAGAGUCUGCUACAGUGAGGACAGAUUUUGUGUGCAGCCUGUGUUCUUCACCACUGCAGGAAGACAUGAAAUUUAGAGUACUUGGUGAUAAACAAAUAGUUGAAAUGACUGAUGCUAAAAUUCUGAAUGCUUUGAAAGGAUAUUCCAUUGAUAAAUCACAUUUUAGGAUUCAGGCUUUUACAUUGUUCUUGAGAGAUGAACUGGCCAAUAAAAUGACAAUAGGAAACCACUAUAGGAUUAUAGGAAUUCCAGCUUGUGUCCAAAAUGGCCUACAAGCGACUGCGUGUAUAGAAGUCACUAGUGUACAGCUCUAUAAACCAAGUGGUCCUUCUUGUGUUAGUGACAAUUUUAAGUGUCUGCUCUCACUGACUUCAAGUUCAUGCUGGAGGUUUACUGCCAUCCUGGCCAACAUCUUUGCUUCUCAAGUUGUUCCACCAGGCACUUACAAUACUCUUAAACUUGCAAUAUUGCUGAGUCUAGUACAGACAUGUGAAAAAGAAAAUGCAGAUUAUCUGGAUCUCUUGAUUAUCACAAGUGACACGCUAGUAAUUGACAGGCUUCUGAAUUACAGCUUAUGUCUUCUGCCUCGUGGCAUCCGACACCCCCCUGCCAGUGACAUUUUUCCUUCUGUGUCCAAAGAUAAACACGGAAGUGCCAGUAUUCAAGCCUGCAGCGCUGUGCUGGCCAAGGGUGGCAUCUGUUACCUAGGAGACUUAAGUUCAUAUAAAAAGGAUAAACUUGAACUUCUACAGUCUGUGCUAGAGAGCAGAACAACAACAGUAUUUAUUCCUGGGAAGAAGUAUGGAGAAGAGGCUGACCAACAAGUUACUGUUUCAGUUCAGACCAACUUUUGGUCCUUUGUAGAUGUGGACUCUUCCUCAAAGAAACAUAUACAAAAGGAGAACUUUCUAAUUGGACAGAUGGAUGUGAGUUUGACUCCAGUUAACCUUGUAGAUGGUUUUGGGCUCUUGAUCUACGAGUUUCCUUCCUGUCGCCUGUCUUCUCCUGUUGUACAUCAUAUCUUGAAAAAAGCCAUUAAUCCCAAAGCCAUGCUGUACAAAGCCUCACAGCAGUUCAGAACACAGGAUUACGAGGAGUUUAUUUUGUUUGCUAGGAAUCUUCAUGUUGAACUGAGUUCAGAAGCAGAAAGUCUCAUUCAGGGCUAUUACCUUGCAAGUCGCAGGGUGAGGAGAGAUUCCCUUCAUGGAUCAACAUUAUCAGCCUCUGCACUUAAAAUUCUGAUUUCACUGGCUAAGGCUCAUGCCAAGCUCAGUUUAAGACAGACAGUGCUUCAGGAAGAUGCAGUGAUUGCCGUCUUGCUAUUCGAGUCAUCGCUGACCCUAAAACACGGCACAUCUGCAUUAUGUGUAGCACCAAAUCCUGUAUUUCCAUUUGAGCUCAGUGAUGAAAACUCCCUGCAACAGAGAGAUAUUUACCUCAUGCAGUGUCACCAUCAACUGCUGAAGUUUAUUGCUGCCUAUAGCCCAGGAAUUCACAUUAACACAACUGAAGAGUAAAAACCCCACUCUAGGUAAAGCCUGAGGCUUUGGUUUUUUAAGAGGUUAGUUAAAAAUAUAAAAUUACUAAAAACUUAGAGAACAGUUCUGUGAUGUUUUGCCACGGAAUAAAGCAUAGCGGCCACGACUUGAAUUACAAGUUUUUGUGAGUUAUUUGAAGGCAGGAGGGAUGUCUUCAUCCUGGAAAGCCAUGGCUUCAGAAUACAGUCCUAACCAGAAACUUCUCUUCCUGGCUACCACUCUCCAUUCACAGUUAAGCAAGAAGUAAUUUAGGAUUCAGGAUUUUUAACAGACUACAACUAAAAAUUAAACCACCAGUUGACAGUGUUCUAAUGUUUUAUUUCAGCUACCUGAAGUUUACAGUUUUUCUUGUUGCUUCCUUUUUAAUGUAUCACAUAAAAGGUUAAGAACAUUAAAACUCUUCAUAGUUUAAGUCAUCAGUCUUUAAUUACUCAUGGUGUAUAGAUUUUUAAAUGUAUAAAAGUAUUAUCAUACUGCUUCAUGUUCUGUCUCUUUUUUUACAUUACCAUGAGAUUAGACAAGGAUACCAGAUACUCCUGCAACCAAAACCCAAACCAAACAAAACCUGCAAAAUCAACCAAAAAAGAAACCCUCCAAACCAGCCCAACCUGCAAAACCCAGUGUUUCCACAUUAUUUUAUACAGACUGCAGGAGAUAGUAGAGUGCUACAGUUAGGUAAAAAAAAUACUAGACAAGCUGGUAGGCAGGUAGCUCAAUGAAUUUAACUCUACCUCACUGUAAGAACAAAUGAAGAAUGCGUUGGAGGAGGUGAGGUGUCUGGAGCACAGUAUGCUUCCCCAGCUGUGGGCUUUCCUGUGUUUCAUCUUCCUGCUAAGGAUACAGCUCUAGACAUAAUCCUCAGCAAGCUUUGCAUCUCCAAGAGAUACAUAUUAAAUAAAAAAGCUGCAGUAGAAUUGUACAGACUUCCUGUCAAAUCUGGACAAGCUGAAUACUGAAGGCUUGUGUUGCUCCUGCCCAAGAUGUCAUCCAGCAGGAUUAGAGCUACUGCUUCCAUAACCUUAACAAAAAAGUUACUGAGAACAAAAAUCCAAGAUUUUAUUCAUACCCACUACUAACACUGUAAACACUCAUUUAGACAACACAAGUCUCCCCACAUUUUCAUCUUUGCCUUACUUGCUUUUGAUCCAUUUAUUUGAUACACUCAAAAAUUAGUUCUAAGACUGCCCAUAAGGCCACUUCUCUUUCUAGAAUGACACUCUACCCUGAAUUUCAUUCCAGGAUUAUUCCUUUUCAGUGAACAGCUACUCCCUGCUGUACUGUGGAAGCAAGCAGUAUUUCUGAUGAGCAGGAAGGGCAAUGCAAGCAUUUCCAAGUGCAUUAGAACUCCACAUUCCAGGCCGCUGGUUU